AUGCGCGCUCCUCUAACUUUGAUGUUCUGUUGUACAUUCCUAAUUGUGGUGAAAUAUUGCUUCGCAGAUCCGAUGAGAUGUUUUAAACGCAAUGAGAUAUUAGGCUGCAUGUCGCCUUGUCCAGAGAAGACCUGUCUAAAUCGGUACAUACAAUUCAACUGUUUGAGAGGCAAAGAGGAUAUUUGCAGAGUUAAAUGCGUUUGUAAAGAGAAAACAUAUAGAAAUUCAAAUUAUGACUGUGUUUCAGCUAAGGAAUGUGAUGAAUACGUUCCUGAAUAG